GCCCGGGCGCAUCAGCUGGCAACGAGCGGCCGCCUCCCCGGCCUGAGCCAACAGAGCCAGGAUGGCAACGGUGCCGGCAGCGUCCGGAGCCGGUAAAGGGGAGUCGUCGCUUGCGGGACCCCGAGAGCUGUGCUGAGAAGAGCCCUGGAAGCUUGUGGCUCCUCCCUUCCGAAGUGAAAGAUGGUUCUGCUACGGCAGUUUGGGCUUCUUCUCUGGAAGAAUUACAUCUUGCAGAAGCGACAGAUUUUGGUCACGAUCAUAGAGAUCUGCCUGCCAUUGUUGUUUGCUGCCAUCCUCAUUGCCCUCCGUCACAGAGUACAGGCGGUUGACCACCCGAAUGCUACCACCUAUCACAGCCUUCCGGUGUCUAAUCUUCCUGUCUCCCCUCAUUGGCGCCCAUACAACUUGGAGCUGGCCUAUGUUCCUGCUAACAACACCGCUGUGAAGAGCAUCGUGGAGACUGUGGCGAAGGCACUGGAAAUCAAUACCAAAGUUCGAGGCUUCCCUUCUGAGAAAGCCUUUGAAGACUACAUCAGGUUUGACAACCACUCUGGCAAUGUUCUGGCUGGCAUUGUCUUCGAAAACCUCUUAGCUCACAGUCAAGAGCCCCUGCCACUGCAGGUGAGUUACCAACUGCGUUUCAAAUACAGCCCUAGGAAUGCCCCUCGGAGUGAGCAGACAGGCCUGAACCCUAACCUGGACCGUGAUUGGCACACCAGCUACCUCUUCCCGCUGUUCCAGUUACCAGGACCCAGAGAACCCAACUUGCACGAUGGAGGGACACCAGGGUAUUACCGAGAAGGCUUCCUGGCAGUGCAGCAUGCUGUGGACAGGGCAAUCCUGCAGUCCCACACCAACACUUCUGCGGAAAGUCUGCUGGAAAGGUUCAUGGUGGUCAUUCGCCGUUUUCCCUACCCACCCUACGUCAACGACCUCUUUGUGCUGGCCAUUCAGAACCAGCUUCCCCUGCUGCUCAUGCUGAGCUUCACCUAUACCUCGCUCAACAUAGUCCGUGCUGUGGUGCAUGAGAAAGAGAAGAAGCUGAAGGAGUACAUGCGAAUGAUGGGCCUCAGUAACUGGCUGCACUGGAGUGCCUGGUUCCUCAUGUUCUUCCUCUUCCUCUUGGUCUCCAACUUCUUUGUCACCAUCCUCUUCUGCGUAAAGGUGAGCAAACAGGGAGCGGUGCUCACAAAUAGUGACCCCACUCUGGUGUUUACCUUCUUGACAGUCUUCUCCAUCGCAUCCAUCUCCUUCAGCUUCAUGGUCAGCACCUUCUUCUCCAAAGCAAACGUGGCGGCAGCUGCUGGGGGCUUCCUCUACUUCUUCUCCUACAUUCCAUACUUCUUCAUCUCCCCGCGCUACGACACGAUGACACACAACCAGAAGCUUUCGUCGUGCCUCAUUUCCAACGUCGCCAUGGCUAUGGGAGCGCAGUUGAUCGGCAUGUUCGAAGGGAAAGGCACUGGGGUGCAGUGGAGGGACCUUCUGAAACCAGUCAGCGUGGACGAUAACUUCACUGUGGCUCACGUCCUAGGGAUGCUACUCCUGGACUCGGUGCUGUAUGGCUUGGUGGCCUGGUAUGUGGAGGCCGUCUUCCCAGGAGAGUAUGGCAUCCCACAGCCCUGGUACUUCUUCUUGAUGCCUUCGUAUUGGUGUGGGAGUCCUCAGACAGUGCUGGGAAAGGAGAAAGAAGAGGAGGAGGACCCAGAGAAGGCCCUGAAAAGCCAGUACAUAGAAGAGGAGCCAUCGGAUCUUGUUUCAGGGAUCAAAAUUAAGCACCUGUCCAAGGUGUUCAAGGUGGGGAACAAAACCAAGGACGCUGUAAGGGACCUGACCCUGAACAUGUAUGAGGGGCAAAUCACAGUGCUUCUGGGGCACAAUGGUGCUGGGAAGACGACGACUUUGUCCAUGCUCACAGGACUGUAUCCUCCAACAAGUGGCCAAGCAUACAUCAACGGCUAUGAGAUCUCCCAGGACAUGAAUCUGAUCCGGAAAAGUCUUGGCCUCUGCCCUCAGCAUGACGUCCUCUUUGACCAAAUGACAGUGGAAGAGCACCUGUACUUCUACUCUGGGUUGAAAGGUUUUCCUGCAGAGAAAUGUCUAGAGGAGAUAACCCGCAUCCUGCACAUCCUCAGCCUACAGGAGAAACGCUUCUCUCUGUCUAAAGCAUUGUCUGGGGGGAUGAAACGGAAGCUCUCCAUUGGCAUCGCACUCAUUGGAGACUCCAAAGUGGUGAUGCUAGACGAGCCAACCUCAGGCAUGGAUCCGGUUUCCCGCCGGGCCACCUGGGAGCUUUUGCAGCAGCAGCGGAGCACCCGCACCAUCCUGCUCACCACACACUUCAUGGAUGAAGCAGAUCUGCUGGGCGACCGCAUUGCGAUUAUGGCGAAGGGGGAGCUCCAGUGCUGUGGGUCUUCGCUCUUUCUCAAGCAUAAAUACGGUGCAGGAUACCACAUGGUGAUGGUGAAGGAGCCGUGCUGCAACCUCGGGGAAAUCUCCCGUCUCAUCUAUCACUAUGUGCCCAACGCCACCCUGGAGAGCAACGCUGGGGCGGAGCUGUCCUUCAUCCUUCCCAAAGAGAGUACACACAGGUUUGAGGCUCUGUUCACGGAGCUGGAGUUACGCCGGGAAGAGCUGGGCAUUGCCAGUUACGGAGCCUCAGUCACCACUAUGGAGGAAGUUUUUCUCAGAGUUGGCAAGCUGGUUGAUUCCAGCAUGGACAUCCAAGCCAUCCAGCUGCCAGCUUUGCAGUACCAGCAUGAACGGCGAUCCAACGACUGGGCCAUGGACGACUCCAGCAGCCUGAGUGGGAUGACUGACAUGACCGAUGACAGCGGGGCUCUGAUCACGGAAGAUUGCUCCAGCAUCAAGCUGAACACGGGGUUCUACCUCUGCUGCCAGCAGUUCUAUGCCAUGUUUAUGAAGAGGGCUGUCUACAGUUGGCGCAACUGGAAGAUGGUGGCAGCGCAGUUCCUGGUGCCUCUGAUCUUCACUGCCUUCGCCCUGAUUGUGGCCAAGACCUUUCCAGGCCCACGAGACUCUUCCUUGCUCAAGAUGACCUUAAAUCCGUAUGGACAGACUACAGUGCCCUUUUCUGUCUCCCAAGAAUCCACCCUGGCCCAGAGACUAGGAGAGCAGUAUAAGGAUAUCGUGGACUCUCAGCACCAAGGGCCACUGGAGGUAGUGGGUGAUCUGCAGGAAUACCUGAUUUCUCGAGCCGCUGAAGAAGGGGGAGCCUUCAACGAGCGCUACAUUGCGGCAGCGUCCUUCGAAGAAAUCGGGGAUCUUGUGAAGGUGACGGCUCUCUUCAACAACCAGGCGUUCCACUCGUCUGCCGCAGCCCUUCUCCUGGUUGACAAUGCCCUGCUGAAGCUGCUGGUUGACCCCAAUGCUUCCAUCUCUGUGGCUAACUACCCACAACCCCGCAACACAACAGAGACCGCGAAGGACCAGCUCAUGGAAGGCCAGACGGGUUUCGCCAUUGCAAUCAACUUGCUCUAUGGAAUGGCCUCGUUGUCCAGCACCUUCGCUCUCCUGCUUGUCAGCGAGAGGGCCAUCAAGGCCAAGCACGUCCAGUUUGUCAGCGGGGUCUAUGUCGUCAAUUUCUGGCUCUCGGCCCUCCUGUGGGACCUCAUCAACUACCUCACGCCCUGUGUGCUCAUGCUGGUGAUAUUCCAAGCCUUCGACGUGAAAGCCUUCACCCAGGACAACCACCUUGUUGAUGUGAUGCAGAUCUUCCUCCUUUACGGCUGGGCCACUAUCCCCCUCAUGUAUCUGCUCAGCUUCUUCUUCUCUGUGGCUUCUACGGCCUACACACGCCUUACCAUCUUCAACAUCUUCUCAGGGACAGCCACCUUCCUGGCAGUCACUAUCAUGAGCAUUCAAGAACUUGGAAUGGUGGAUCUCUCAAGGAUGUUGGAUAAAGUCUUCUUAAUCCUGCCCAAUUACUGCUUGGGACAAAGCAUCAGCAAAUUCUACCAGAACUAUGAGUUCAUUCAGUUCUGCACCUCCUCAAUUGAGUCUCUCCUUGUCUGCAAAGUGUUUAAUAUUACUUUCCAAACCAAUUACUUUGCAUGGGAGAGCCCUGGGAUUGGCAAAUACUUGACUUCCAUGGCUGUACAGGGACUUGUGUUCCUCAUCCUCCUCUUUCUCAUUGAGACCAACAUCCUUUGGAGACUGAAGAACCUUGUCUGCAACGUGCAUCGGAGGCGGAAGUGGGUGAUGCUGCUGAACAGAGUCCCUGUCCUUCCAGAAGACCGGGAUGUUGCAGAUGAGAGGAAGAAGGUUUUAGAGUCACCAACAGCAUCCCUUUCAUCAUUGAACAGUCCCUUAGUCAUCAAGGAGCUUACCAAGGUGUACAGCAACAGGGACUCAUGCCUGGCUGUGGACAGAAUAUCCUUGGCAGUCAACAAAGGCGAGUGUUUCGGUCUUCUUGGCUUCAACGGGGCAGGGAAGACCACCACCUUCAAGAUGCUGACAGGGGAUGAGAGCAUCACAUCGGGAGACGCCUAUGUGGAUGGGCACAGCAUCCUGGCCAACAUCAAAAAGGUCCAGCAGCGGAUUGGCUACUGCCCCCAGUUUGAUGCCCUUUUGGAUCACAUGACCGGGAGGGAGACCUUGAGCAUGUACGCCCGGCUGCGAGGGAUCCCCGAGCGCUACAUUGGCAGCUGUGUGGAGAACAUGCUCCGAGGCCUGCUCUUAGAGCCACAUGCAAACAAGCUCAUCAGGACGUACAGUGGCGGCAACAAGCGGAAACUGAGUGCGGGGAUAGCCCUGAUUGGUGGCCCCCCUGUCAUCUUCCUGGAUGAGCCCUCCACCGGCAUGGACCCUGUUGCCAGGCGCCUACUGUGGGAUGCAGUUGCCAGGACGCGGGAGUGCGGGAAGUCCAUCAUUAUCACUUCACACAGCAUGGAAGAAUGUGAGGCUUUGUGCACCCGUCUGGCCAUCAUGGUGAAUGGGCAGUUCAAAUGCCUGGGGAGCCCACAGCACCUGAAGAGCAAAUUUGGCAGUGGGUACACCCUGCUGGCAAAAACCAACAGCGAUGAUGAGGACAACCUUCAGGCCUUCAAAACAUUUGUGGAGAAGACUUUCCCAGGGAGCAUCCUGAAGCAUGAACAUCAGAGCAUGGUCCAUUAUCACCUCACCAACAAGAACCUCAGCUGGGCACAGGUGUUUGGGGCACUAGAGAAAGCCAAAGAGAAGUACUGCAUAGAGGAUUAUUCCGUCAGCCAAAUCUCCUUGGAGCAAGUCUUCAUGAGCUUCACCCGUUUCCAGCACUACACAGAGGAUCAAGAGAAAUGAGGCGGAGCCCCUCUGCCUGCUCCGCACGGACUGACCCUGCUGCCUAUACAUAGUAUAUAUAGAGACAGUAAUUUAUAUUAUCAGCCAUGUCUCCAACAAUGCAUCAAAAGGACAGACAUUCUCAACGAAGCAGUGGGGGGGAGAGAGAUCUCCUGCUCUCCGCAGUGCCGGGAUCAAGAGGAAGAGCAUGCAUGAUGUGUCCGAGUGUGUGUGUGUCAUGGUGUACGUCCGCAUGUGGCGAGGCAUGGGAAAGAGCAGCAAAGGGCUGCAUCUCAAGGCAGCACAGCCAGCCUGUGGGUCUUAACUAGCUCUCCCUCCGCCUUUAAGCCAACCAGAUAGGACAGUGUUGCACCACCACGCAGGUAAUGAACUCCUGGUGCUGGGAUGACUGGUGGACCCUGUCUUUUGCAUCCUCUCCUCCAGGACUUCCACUGGGUCAACAUCUAUGUCAUUGGCCCAGUGUGCCUCUGCAAAUGGGGCACUGGCAACGCACACGUCUGUCUGUCUGCAGCCCAUGUCUGUAUGAGGAAACAAAACGUCCCCGUGUGGCGUAUCCGUCCAGCCCGACUUCCUUUUCGCCACUCGCUUUCCUCAGGUGGAGCGGGACGAGGAGGGCAGCAUGCAACCGGUCACAGUCCCCACCCCACUCUGGGGUUCCCAUCAGAUCUGGGAUUAUUUAUUUAUUUUCCACAAGGUGCCGGGGGCGGGGGGGAGAGAUAAUGCAUUUUGCUUUUCAGACAACUGUGAGGCUGAGUUUAGCGUAGUAGGAAUCCCGCGGGCACCACCCUUGCACAUUCCUUCAUCCAUGUCACUAACCUUAAAUAUUCAUGGAGAAUCUCCUUCAAGGUGGUUUUGCUGUAGUUUAGAGCAAUGUUCUUCAACCUUUGGCCAUCCCCAGAUGUUGUUUGCGUAUGCUUUUAUCACCUGUAGGGAUAUGAGCAAGCUGGAAGAUGAGUAGAGAAGGACAGCUAAGAUACCAAGUCUUACGAGGAACGGUUGUGAGAGGUUGUGGGUAGGUUUAGCCAGGGUAAGGGGAAAUGGAGAGGAGAUAUGAGAGCCACCUUCAAAUAUCUAAAGGGCUGCCACGUGGACGAGGGAGCAAGCUUGUUUUCUCCUGCUCCAGAGGGUAGAACCCGAACCAAUGGAUCCAAAUUACAAAAAAAGAGAUUCCGACUAAGAACUUUCUGGCAGUAAGAGCUUAUUCAGCUACUUCAGAAGGUGCUGGGCUCUCUUUCUCUAGAGGGUUUUAAGCAGAGGUUGGAUGGUCAUCUGUCAGGGAUGAUUGAGUUGUAACUCAAUGACCCUUUGAGUUCCUUCCAACUCUACAAUUCUUCAAAUCUAUGAUCCCUAACCAUUAGUUAAGCUGGCUGGGGAUGGUGGGAGUCAGGAGUCCAGCACCAUCUGGGGACCAAAGGCUGAAGAGAACUGAUUUAGAGAACUAGCCAAAAGCUUCCAUCAGCCACGGGUCAUGGGAGAGUUCUCUGCUGUAUGAAAUCCUAGCCAAUUGCAAAGAAGUGGAACCGUCACUUGGCAACCUGUCAUUUUGUCUGUGUAUGCUCCAGGACCAACUAAUCAUGUGCUCUGUUACGGCUUGAUUCUGGACCCAGGUGGGGACAUUGCUCUGCACUUUUGGGGUUUGUAGCAGCCAAGUCAGCCUUGCAGAAGCGGAGGCUGUUGUCAAAUGGAAGCAUCUCCGUGUCCUCCUCCUCCUCCUCUGAAAUCUGGAAAGAACAGGCCGUGAAGGUGUUGGUGACAGGUGGCCACAUAUAUUAAGGUGCUCUGCUGGAACCAGGGCUUUUGAAUCCCUCCAAGAAGUUGGAGUGAGAAGGAAGUUCACGCCCGGUUUCAAGGUGCUCACUGCACUGUCGGAUAUGUUCUGUUGUAGUGCUGCUUUCGUCUCAACAGAUGACCAGGAUGGGUUCCCACUUAGGGCCAGCUCAGCCCUUGGUUUCCCAAAAUGAAGGAUGUUCCCAAUGCAGGGCAGGGGAAUCCUGAGACUCUCCAAAUGCCUCUUCGACCCCAGUUCCCAUCACCCCAAAACCGUUGGCCAUGCAGGCAGGAGGUGAUGGGAGCUGCAGCCCAGCAACAUUAGGAAGACAGGCUCCCCAUGCCAGCCUUAUCACCUCUGUUAGGGUGAGUUAGCACAUUCCCCUUGGGGGAAAAAAUGAGAGAAAUGCCACCAUGUCAUAGCAGACAUUAUUGUGGUUGUCCCUUUCUUUUCCCACUUAUAGAAAUCACCAUGUAAAAACCUGCCUUUUGUAUUGCAUUGAGGAAAGAUUAAGGAACAGAGUGGAGGGCCCUAGCAAGGGGUUAUUCUGCUUGUCCAAAUGGGGAACAAUGGAGACUAGCGUUUUGUAGGGCCAGGUGUGCUGCAGCCCAAGUGCCCAUCCCGGCAAAAAAAUUUAAAAAACCCUGCCUUAGGUAAAUGUGGGCCUAACUGCAUGCACCUGUCAAGACUUGAACAGCACUUGCUAACUAAGCAUCUGCUCUGCACUGAGCCCUCUGUAUGCUGCUUGCUAGAUCACCAAAAAAACAAAACCCACCCAAAUCUGCAGCUCCAAGUUGGGCAGAGGGGAACCCAGCAAGAAAACAACAACAAACCCUCCCAUUUUGUCCCUGCUUUAAUGCAUCCUAUUUGUGCAAAGGCAAUGAUGGCAGUUGCAGUGCUCAAGGUUUUAAUGAGACUCGGAGAUUGUCAGCAGAUCAGGCAGGAAGUGGCCUAGUACUUCAUUCCCAGGCCCUCUAGCAAGGAGAUAAUUCCUGGCCACCAACCCUUAGCCAUUGGCUAGUCCUUGUUGGGUUCAUGCAUUUCCUUGCACCUGCAGCCAAGUAAAAUUUGAUAUCUGGAAGAGAAUUCCACAUCUGCAGAAUCCUUAAUUUGCAUUACCACAAAACGUUUUGAUCCCUUAGUGCUCCAGAAAUAAGCUUGGAAAUGCAGUUGAAAUAACCAGAAGACGUGUGAUGGGCUAUGCAGGCCCCUCAGUUCUGAGGGGGUGAUGUUUUUAGUGCUCUUCAUAAUUCGUCCCUCACAUGGCUUAGCAGAAGUGGAAUGAAAUAGGCAAAUGUAGGCACAUUAAUGUAAUACAUCUAGAUGUGUUAGCUAUGCCUGUCAUUGGAGCAGAAUCUGGGUCUUUUAGGCACACAGUAUUUUUUGGUCCAUCUGCCCCCUUUCUUCUUAUACAGGGAAUUCCAUGGAAGGGAUGGCCAUGAUUCCUAAUCAUGUUUGGUGCCAGAAAAGUACUCCUUCAAACUACACUCCUUAAGGCAGUUGUGCACUUGCCUUCAGUUGGCUUAAAAACUGACAGCUGCCUGAAUGGGUUCUUCAGGCCAAGGAGAAUUGGACCCCUCUUGAUAUGGACAUGUGUAUUGCCAAUCUUUGAGGAGCUGGCCAUCUGCAUACUGGUUAGCUGACCCUGGAGUGGAAGCGAUCAGGUUUCUGGAGGUGGAAAAGAGGGAGGAGCCAGUACUUUAUUUUAGGGUUCCUUUGUGCUUGUAGUUGUUUGUCAACGGGUUGCACUGUAGGACCAGUAUGAAGAUGGUCCAUGCUUUAGAAAGUGUGUGUCUGCAGACCAACAUCACUGGUUGGGAUUAUAUCAGAUUGCUUAAAGAGUUGGAAGACAGCGGGCUAAUUUUGCCACUCAACAGCCUUGUGUGUGGCAUUGUGGAUUGUUGUUUUCAAAACUUCUCAUGGCCGCCUCAUUGCCCUUUUAAUAACUGUGAUGUCAUGUCACCACAAUUUUAAACAGAGGUUGGAUGGCCAUCUGUCAUGGAUGCUUUAGUUGAGAUUUCCUGCAUUGCAGGGGUUUGGACUGGAUGACUCUUGGGGUCCCUUCCAACUCUACAAUUUUAUAAUUCUAUUAUUAUCUAAAUAAGAGUUCUGGUUGCUGCGUCCCACAAAAGGCUACCCUAGUACUGGGAAAGGUGCAGAAACGGGGGUGAGAUUACCACAGUGUGGUUAGAGCACUUCCCUGCAUCAGGUUGGCCACCAGGGCUCUUCAGAAUAAUCCAACUAUGCAUUUUCCAAGGGGUGCCUUUGGGUCACCCCCGGGCGCAAGUCGAACCGCCCUAGGUGCAUCCAAGAGUUCUGUGCAUUGUGUGCAUCGUUUGCUUAGCCUCUUCCAUGUGGCAGAAACCCAGUCCUAUGAUGUCUGUGAGCAAAUGGGAUGGUGUGGGGGAGCUAGUCACUCCUUUCUAUCACCACCCCUGCCUUUGGCUUACAAAGCUACCCACUCAAGAAAGGCGCUUCAAACUACUUAUUUCAGGUGGUGCAUGUUCCUUGUUGUCUUCCUUUUUAAGAGUGUAUUAGUGGUGUCCUUUUUUUGUCCAUUUCCGUGUUCAAUCACAUUCCGUCCAGUUUGGCCAAGGCCAGCCUAAGGUGCCACUCCUCCUAGUGAACCCAGGCACAGUCCACCAAGAGGUUCUCCUGCACAAGCCAUGGCUCGCAUACACAACAUACGUUUUAAAAUGCAUUGCUUCCCUCCAGGAAUCCUGGGAGCUGUAGUUUAAUCCUCAUGGAGCUACAAUUCCCAGCAACUGCUGUUCCCCAGAUCCUUUGGGGGGAAAGCCAUGCUCUUUAAAUGUAUGGGGUUGUUGUGGCCUCUCUUGACAUGGAGAUGCUCAGUCCGCCUGUCUUAUCCCCCACUCCACCGUCCUAGGAAGCAUUAAAAAUAUACCAGAAGCAGCAGCCACCUCACCUAACCUAGACAGGGCCAACACCAGGUUCAGCUGCUCAUUACUUGGUGCAGGCCUUAGCUGAAAUUUGCAAGGUUCACUGGUGGAGAAGCAGCUCCCCUUUCGCAGGGAGAGCCAGUAGAGGACUGUGCAGGUGCUUUUUUGCUCCAUUGCCUUCCCUCCCUCCUGGGCCUCUGGGCCUUUUUUCGCACCCCCCCCCCAAGGUGCUUUCUGGCGAACAAAAGAGUUGCAAAGCCAAAGGGAAACUCUGAUCUGCUUCGUGCAGAUAGGAGAACAGCCUUUCUUCUUAAUAAGGGCUGAUCCGCUUUCAGAACUGCUUCAGGUUUUUACAGGCACUCAACACUGGCUUUUCUAGGCAACAGCGGGGGUUGCUUCAUUUGGGCAAACUUGGCGCUGCCUCGUCAACUUCUGCCAAGCUCCAGCUGCCAGCCUUCUUACUUCAUCCAGCCCAGCAAGGUGGCACAGCCUGCCAGCUUCCUCCUCCGUCUCAGUGUUGGCCCUUCUAGAACUCUGCAAGGAGGAGGAUAGGGACAAAACUAGAAUGCCUGUCCUUGCCUCUGGCUCCCCCUACUGUUGGGCUCCCUGCCUUCUGCCCUACCAGCCCCAAUGGGCUGCAACCACCACCAUUUAUAAGCAUGUGGCAGUCACCCACCAGGUCCUCUGAACAGUGGAUAUUUGCCAGGGAGCUGGUGCAUCUAACGGAUGCAAGUCUUCAAGUGUUAUGUGGAAUGUACCUUUUAUGGAGGGGGUGGGUUCACUCUUGCUUGGUCCACCUUUUGCUUUGCCAUACACUAAACUCUGCAGCUGUUCCCCUCCCCUGGGACCCCCCUGCUUGUCCAUCCACAUGGGAUCUAGAUCUGUGGUUCUUUAAACCUCCCGUGGUUUCUUGAGGAACCUUAUUCAGUAGGCCUUCCUCAGUGAGAUCACUAAUGGAAAACAGGCUUCCUUGGAAGGUGGCUCACCUGCUAUUAGCAAUAUCCCUGUGCUACCACAGAGGGCUUUGAGGUGUUGAGGUUCUCCCUUUUUUAUUUCAUUGGUUCUGCCCCUGCACAUCACAGUUGCUGUGAAAGGCAGCAAAACCCUGAAAUAAAUGAGUAAAGCAGAGGGUGGGAGGGGUGUCCCCCUUGUGUUCCCAGGUAUGCACUCAGUUACUUCACAGGGGCAGUGGUGAGACUUCCAUGCAAGCAGACUGGUUUCCUGGGGAUUGGGAGUUUUGACAACCACUGCUUUAGAUGUCUCGAGACUGUAAAAUAGUCACAGUUUUGUUGUUUUCAGUACUUUGACUUACACAGCAAAUCCCUUCGUCUUGCACAAGUCACUGCAUUUUUGCACAAUUGUAUGUGUGUGUGUUUAUGGAUCCAGUUUGUGCUCUGAAAUUUCUCAGGUCUGUUAUUGCACCAACCCCCCAAACACAAUGUACUGAAAUGUUUUUGCUGCAAAGGCAAACGGAACCAGCGUCACACGACGACAGUGGCAAACUGAGCACUAAUCAAAACCACGAAAGCCACCCAUUAGCUAUUGCGUCCUCCCAAUGUAUAUGCCCCUUUUCUGAUUCCCCCACCCCCAUAUUUCACUUUUUAUUUGUGUUGGUUUUGUGUGUGUGUGUGUGCGCGCGCCUGCCUAUGAAAAUACAUUUUUAAACACUAAGGAGGAUACAGGGACUUCUGAAAGGGAGGGGUGCAGGGUUAGUCCAUGUCUCAGACAUGUGAGUGUGUGUCCAUCUGCUCUUCAAUGGCUCUUAUGUACUGCAGUCAGUUGUAGUGGUGACAUUUUCCCCCAUCUCAAAAAAUAAACUGGAUUUUCAAAAUA